AUGGGUUCCAAAUUAAAUCUUCUUCUUAAUUCUGAUAUCAUGCUUAAAUGGUAAUAUGAGAUUUAUUGUCAACUCUGGAAGAUCCUAUUUUUAGGUCAUUAUUAAAACUAAAAAAAAAAACUUUGUUAUUUCAUUUUUAGUGUUCAUCAACAAAUCAAUAUUAAGAGAAAAAACAGCCAGAAAAAAAUGGGAAGAAAACUAGAAAACCAACAAAACUGGAGUGUUAAUGGUGUUAUAGUUACUGUGUAUGAGGAAUUAUCUUCUACAUCUGCCCCACGCUAUCGGAAGAUCAGAACCACAAACUCUAAUCCGAUCACAAGAUCAUGUGGCUAUGAUCGCAGGGCUGAGCUUCUCGCCUACGCUCAUCACCUCCGGAAUGUGGGUCCCACUCCCCAACAGGUUCAUCAAGUUCAUAGCCCCACACCAAUUCUCCCCAAUAAGCCCAAGAAAAGAAGAAGAUUGUUUGCACGACUAAAAACACUCAAAUUCUCCUUUAGGAGGUUGUUUGGUGGACAUAAAAACAAGACAUGGAAAUACGAAAACGUCGAAUCAAGUGAACGCGAAAGCAAAUACCGAUCAUGCCCUUCCCCACGCCGGGGAAGGGGCAAGUGUAGUAAAAUCUCUAAGAAGUUGAACCGUGCGUUGAAGCAGUUUUCCUGUGGUUGCAAGUGUAGCAAAGACUUCAAUAAAAAUGAUGAGCAAUUUCAAGAUUUACACAAUACUACAGGAGUAAAACUGAGUUAGUAAUCAAUGAGAUCUUGCUUAAAUCUGAGAGUUUGUAUACGAUAAGUAUCAAGUUCAAAUCCCCACCCCAUUUGUAAUUUAUAUUGCCAAACUAGCCAUUCACUGAAUAUAGAACACACUUUGAUGUUUGAAAAAACGGUAUCUAAAAGGGUGCCCUCAGACGGGUUCACAUGGGGUUGUACAUAUUAUGAACUCACUGAACCACAAGCACCAUCCUGGACUAAUAGGGGUGGCAAUUCAAGUCAAUGAGUCCGGUUCGGGUUUGGUUUCAGGACAAUUUCAGGUUAGAGUAAAAAAGUAUCAGAAAUAUUGUAAAACUUAAUAUUACUACAAAAUAUGACAAAUGGUCAAGUCAGGUCAAUU